AGGACCUGUGACCUUUGACCCAACAUGGCGGCGCCCGUGUUUCGGUCGUGGUCGCAGUGAGGCAGAGUGGGUUGGCCGGGGCUGCGCUCCUGCCGCUCUCUCUUCUCUCCUGCUCUCCCGCCCUGCAGCCCGCAUCAUGUCGAAGCUCGGCCGGGCUACGCGCACCAUUCGGAAAUUCGAGGCUGGUGGCGUCAUCCGGACCAUCGUGCGCGCAGGCCAAGCCAUGCCCGGGCCCCCACUGGGACCCAUCCUAGGCCAGAAAGGCCUCGCCAUCAGCCAGUUCUGUAAGGAGUUCAACGAGAAGACAAAGGACAUCAAAGAGGGGAUUCCUCUGCCCACCAAGAUCAUUGUGAAGCCUGAUAGGACUUUCGAGCUCCAAAUUAGUCAGCCCACAGUUUCCUACUUCCUGAAGGCAGCGGCCGGGAUAGAAAAGGGAGCCCGGCAAACAGGGCACGAGGUAGCCGGCUUGAUCUCCUUGAAGCACGUGUACGAGAUUGCCCAAGUGAAGGCUCAGGACAAGGCCUUCGCUUUGCAGGACGUCCCCUUGUCUUCGGUGGUCCGAUCCAUCCUCGGGAGUGCCCGCUCGCUGGGCAUCCAAGUGGUGAAGGACCUCAGCACAGAGCAACUGGCCGCCUUUCAGGAGGAGCGGGCCCAGUUCCUGGCUGCCCAGGCCCAAGCAGAUGCUGAAGCCGCUGCAGAGAUGGCGGCCAAGAAGUGAACCUUCCUCGGCUCCCCCAGGGUCACUAUGGUUGGAGCUGGGGGUGUACCGAGGGCCUUACAUUGUAUGUAUCAUAUCAGUCUAUAAUUUAAAGGGGUAAAGACCCCAAUAAAAAUUAUGCCACUUA